GCAAGCCGAGCAGCCACCAUGACCAUCAACACGCUGAACCAAGGCGGAGUGCAGAGAGAACAGAUGCCCUGCUUGACCAAGAUGGAGCGGGUGAUCGUGUCGAUGCAAGACCCUGACAUGGGAAUGAAGAUGAGGAACCAGCGGCUGCUCAUCACAGUUAUACCUCAUGCGAUGACCGGUCGAGAUAUUGUUGAUUGGCUGAUUCAAAAGUAUACCAUAACGGAAGAAGAGGCGUUACAUAUAGGAAACUUCUUGGUGAAAUAUGGCUACAUAUACCCUCUGAAGGAGCCUCGGAACCUGUGUUUGAAACAAGACGAGACCCCUUAUCGCUUUCAGACGCCGUAUUACUGGACCUCAACCCGUUGGCCUGCUUCAGAGCUGGAUUACGCAAUUUAUUUGGCCAAGAAGAACAUUCGGAAGCAAGGGGAGCUGAUAGAGUACGAGAAGGAGUGUUAUAAUGCUUUACAUAAGAGGAUCAAUCACACCUGGGACUUUGUGGUGAUGCAGGCGAGAGAGCAGCUUAGGGCAUCUAAACAGCGGCGGAAGGCUGAUCGCAUUGUGCUGGAGUGUCAGGAACAAGCCUACUGGUUAAUCAACAGACCUCCUCCAGGUGUCAUGGACAUUCUGGAGCAGGGGCCAGAUCGGAGGAAUGUUGCCAACACACGAGUACAACUGAAUGCUGAAUUCUACAAGAAAGAGAUUGAGCAAAACAGAAGAGGUCUGGGAAGAAAUCGAAUCAAGUCCUCCAUCUGUCUGGAAAGUUUUGUUAAGUACUGUGAACAGUACCAGGAUCAUGACCCCAUAAUGCAAGGAUGCCUGCCCAGCAACCCGUGGAUCACAGAUGACAUCAUGUACUGGAACAUGAAUUCUGAAACGGUAACCAUGCCGACCAAGCUGCGUGUGGAGCGCUGGAGUUUUAGCUUCAUGGAGCUGCUGAACGACCCGCUAGGCAGAAAAGAGCUCCUUACUUAUCUGGAGAAAGAGUUCAGUGCGGAAAACUUGUGCUUCUGGCAGGCGUGUGAGGAAGUGCGGCACGGCGAAGCCUCCAAAAUUGCAGCAAAAGUGGAUGAGGUUUACAAGCAGUUCCUUGCACCUGGAGCCAGUCGCUGGGUGAAUAUUGACAGUAAGACAAUGGAGAAAACCUUAGAGGGAAUCAAGCAUCCUCAUCGUUUUGUCUUGGAUGAUGCACAAAUGCACAUUUACUUCCUCAUGAAGAAGGACUCGUACCCUCGCUACCUGAAGUCUGAGCUGUACAAGAACUUGUUAGCGAAAGCUAUAGUACCGCAAGAAACGAAGAAAAGCGUGUUCCCAUUCAUGCGCCGUCAGCGACAUUCAAGCCCCUCUCCAGCGCUGGUCACACAAACAGCAGAGGAUAACGGAAAGGCAAAACCCAGUGCUGCCAAGGCCAACGCUGGAACUGCCUCUCAGAUUUAGUUACACACAAACGACCAGAAUUCAUGGCUACAGUGCUUCUAUAACUGUCAUGGUUGGGUUAGCUAUGUUAAUAGCAAAUAGAGCAUGAACCUUAAACUCUCAAAAUCUGUCCUGCUUCCCUGUAGCGCUUUAUCCCUCUCUAGGGCCCGACCGAUAUAAAAAUCUGGUCACUGAUGGCCAAAUGCAUAUUUUAUAAAAAAAACAUUUUUAAUCAUGAUGGAGUUCAGAUUCACCAGUUCAGCCUCUGUUAUCGUCAUAUACAGUACUGUGCAAAAGUCUUAGGUGCCCAUUGAUCAUGGCAAAAUAUAUUUCAGAAUAAAUGCAAAUAAACACAAUUAUGGUAGAAUUUUGAUCUUGUGAGCUGGUUAGAACAGGUUCCCCAAGCCAUCGUAUAAAUUUGUUCAAUGAUUUGACAUAAUGAAGCAUUGAGCGUUGGAUGAUACCUAUGAUACCGGAGAGAUUAAGUUAAACAAACACAUAAAAUCACCAUUAUUAUAUUGACCCCUUAAAAUAUCAGGCUCAUUACAUACUACAUUUAAAAGAUGAUUUUCAAGGGUUCUUUGGUAAAGAAGAUGGUUCUAUUUAAAACCAUGAAUGCUCAAAGAACCCUUUGCUUGUUUGAUCUUUGCAUCUUUGAUCUUGUUGUUCUUUGCGUUGUGAAAUGGUUCUUUAGGUUGAUGGAGAAUGUUCUACAUAGAACUUUUUUGAAAAGGGUUCUGCUGUUAUGAUGUCAAAAGAACCUUUUUUGGUGCUAUACAGAACCAUUUCCAAAAAGGUUCUAUGUGGAACCAUCUACAGCACAAUUUGAAGAACCCUUCCACAAUGCAAAGGACCAGUUAAUCAUGCAUGUUCAUCAUGUUCUUAAGGGUUCAUGGUUCUAUACAUGGCUCUAUAUAGAACAAUUUUCUUCAGUAAGGAACCCUUGAAGAACCAUCUUUUUAACGGUGUGUGGCUUGAUAUUCAGGUAUUACAGGGACUUCAGUGCGAACUGGUUUAUUCUUAGAUUAGGCUAAGCUCUGGCUAGUUAAGGUGUUAAUGCUAUUUGUGAUUAUUGUGAUAUUGGAAUUUUCUGAGGAAAUAAAUGCUCAUUGACCACGUAAAUAUCGUUUUAAAGAACAUUUUGUAAAGUUUUUCUCUGUUGUCAGAAGGUUGCGCAUUUGAAUCCUGCAAUGCCUCAAAGAAAUAUGUCAAUUAGCGGCACAGUGUCAAUGAUACUUUUGCACUUGCUGUUAAAACUGCAUGUCAUCAAUAUCGACUGACAUUAUCCACUGACCAAUAUAUCGGUUGGGCUCUACACCUUUAUGAUGUCUCUGUCAAAUAAACAGGACUGUAUCAUUUUGUAUACGCAAGUCUAGUUAGGUUAUAGCAAUAAAACCAUUCACACCAAACUGCUUCUUUCCCAAAAUAUUAUUCCCUUUUCAGUGUCUUCAGUUGUUCAUAAUUAGAUAUAUUUUUAUCAUCAUGUAUUUCUCAUAUCCUUUAUUUUUGUUUUUAAUUCUUUGCACUAUAUGUUGUAUUUCUUUGUUUAGCACAAGUGCUAACAAGCACUAACUGAAAUACUCAGCCAUGUACUGAAAAAUAAGGCUGAUUUAUUUCUUACAAAACGUUUUCUAUGCGUGCAGAACAGUCAGCGUGGCAGCUUGAGCACUAGCUGUAGCUUUACUGCUAAUGCUGGAUCUCCAUUUACACCUGUCUGGUCCAGGUCCACACCGCAAAUUAGAAAGAAUCGCAAUAAUGAAUAUAAUAAAGCCGCAUUACAAAGUCUAUAAACACUACGAGAUAAAUGGUUAACAAUAAAGGUCCAGUGUUUUAUAAGAUUCAUAAAGCAUUAGUUAUGAUUAAAGCCUGAAAAAUAGCUUUGAGUGAAAGCAAUGUGCACUCAAUGUCCAGUUUAUUAGAAACACCUUUGUUUUUCCACUCCCUGACCACUUCAUUAUCUCAACUCCAAACUCAAGCACAUCUGUUGAACAGUUUGCCAGCUGCAUUCUUUCCUGUUCAACAUGGGUCAGUUGCUGUUGCCCUCAUCUGUUGGCCUCAUGUUACCUCUAGGGCGUGGUCCACCAGCCAAGACUGGCAAAAAGAUGACCGACACAAAUUGUGCAUAAACACACGAGCUGCCAUCUUUAACUCUACACUGUGAACCUACAAUGGUUCCUAAUAAAGUGGCCAGUGAGUGAAUCUCAAUAUCCAUUUAGUAUCUUCAUAAGCUGCUGUAUAGUAUUUAUAUAUCUUAUACCAAAGCAGAAUAUAGUAUUUAUAUAUCUCAUACAUAUUAGAUGCUUUUUCCAGACUCCAUGGAGUUUCUAUGGUCUUUUCCUGGCCUCACUUUAUGCCUGCCUCCUUCUGAAUAAAGCACAAUAAUGAACAAUUCUUGACGUUCUCUCAUUUCUCGCUACUAAUUCUGUCUUCUGUAGGAGGGGACAUCAUUCUUCAGCUGGUGGAGACCAAAGAUGGCAAUAAAAUGAUGAUUCAAAUCUCCAAGACCCCAGAGUUAUAGCACGGAACAGUGGUAGAGGACCAGAGAAGUCAGAGACCAGCAUUCAUUUAUUUAAUGUCCAGACAAAAUGGGUCAUUAUGUUACUCAUCAAUGUUUGCGUCUACACUUUAACUUUAACAUUGCAGUUUCGAUUCUUUUAAGCCACUUUCUUUGUUUUUUCUAAGAAACCUGCAGGGAAAUCUUUCCACACCUCCAAAGAUCAUCUUAAAAGUUUCUCCUCUCUGAAAGAUGAAAACUUUUAAGUACUGUUUACUUGAUGGGGACA